AUGGUUGGGGGCAAACUUGCUCUAAAAACCAUUGACUGGGUAGCUUUUGGGGAGAUCAUUCCCGGAAAUCAAAAGCCUAUUGCUAACUCCCUGAAGUCCUGGAAUGAGACCCUUAUCUCCUGGUUGGCUACUCUGCCUGAGAAACUGCCAGCUAUCGACUGGGCUUACUACAAGGCCAAGGCAGGCUUGGUGGAUGACUUUGAAAACAAGUUUAAUGCCCUAAAGGUUCCAAGGCCAGAGGAUAAAUAUACUGCCCAGGUGGAUGCUGAAGAAAAGGAAGAUGUAAAAAGUUGUGCUGAGUUUGUGUCUCUCUCAAAGGCCAGGAUUGAAGAAUAUGAGAAACAGCUGGAGAAAAUGAAGAACAUAAUUCCAUUUGAUCAGAUGACCAUUGAGAACUUGAAUGAGGUCUUCACAGAAACCAAAUUAGACAAGAAGUAUCCCUAUUGGCCUCACCAGCCCACUGAGAAUUUAUAA